AUGCAACAACACCAGCCAACAGUAGCCUUCUUCGGAGCGACGGGGGGAUGUGCCAAUGCGUGUCUGGCUCUUGCCCUACAAGCCGGCGUUCAUUGUUCCGCCCUGGCUCGCACGCCCUCCAAGCUCCACAAUUUGCUCCAGCAGCUCAAUGUCUCCGAGUCCGCCAUUGCAAACUACCUAACGGUCACGGAAGGUGAUAUCUACGAUCACCAAGCUGUUCAAAAGACCCUCUAUGUCGACGGCCGCCCCGUUGAUCUGAUCAUCUCCGGCCUCGGCGGCAAGCCACGCUUCGAGUAUGGCAUCAAAGCCACCCUAGACAACCCAACCAUUUGCCAAGAUGGCAUCCAGAGUAUCAUUUCUGCCGCUCGAUCGUGUCCCCAGAAGCCCCGCAUCGUGAUCAUUAGCACCACCGGCCUCAGCAACACGCGCGACGUGCCACUCAUGAUGCUGCCCCUGUACCAUUGGCUGCUCAAGGUUCCACACGCGGAUAAGAAGGUGAUGGAGGACCUUGUUGUGGCCGAGAUGCAGAAGCCGGAGGAGGAACGCGCCAUCGACGGGUAUCUCUUCGUACGGCCCUCCUUGUUAGUGAAUGGCGAUGGCGAUGGUCUGUCGAAGAUCAGGACCGGCACUGACGAGAACCCCGCGGUGGGCUAUUUUAUUAGUCGUCGGGACGUGGGUCUUUGGAUCUUCGAGAGGGUAAUUCAUCAGGCAUCGCUUGCGGACUGUCUGUAUUGGGGGCAGAAGGUGUCCCUGACGGCCUAG